AUGGCACUGGCAGGAGGAGGAGGAGGCUGCCACCAACCUCCCCAUACCCACAGGAAUAUCGGCUGUGUUGCUAACCUCAAAAAUGGAAUCAUUGUUGAUGCAGAUCCUAAACAUGGACCAUUGGGGGAAGAUCCUAAACAUGAACCGGUAGGGGAAGAUCGUACAGAUGAACAGUUGGGUGAAGAUCCUAAAUAUGAACCGUUGGGGGAAGAUCCUAAACAUGAACCGGUAGGGGAAGAUCGUACAGAUGAACAGUUGGGUGAAGAUCCUAAAUAUGAACCGUUGGGGGAAGAUCCUACAGAUGAACAGUUAGAUGAAGAUCCGAAAGAUGAACAAAUAGGCGAAGAUAAUACUGAGGAACAAUCAAAUGAAGUCAUUUACACUCAUAAUGGUGAACAGGAAGUCCUUUGUCAACAAAUUUUAGUUGCUUCAACUCCACACGAACUCAUUGUUACUGAACCAGAAAUUGAAGAACAACAAAGUGCAACUUCAAUUAGAACCGAAAUUGUGAAAAGUGUGCUGUAUGGCGGUUUAACUGAACUGAUAGCAAGCUUAGGCAUUGUCACAUCUUCAGCAAGCACAGGUGCUACCACUGACAAACAAUCAAAUAAAGAAGUCAUUGAUACUCACAGGAAAAACGGUAGCUCUUUCACUAUCAAACUUGAUUAUUGGACUAUAUCAAAACACUGGAAAAGCGGCCAGGAAAGUGGACCUGAUGAACAAAGAGAGGAAGAAGUGGAUAGAUAUGAACAAGUGUUCGGAGAUAGAAAAAACUAUCGCCUCCAUUUGACAGUGGCUAUCCUAUCAUUCCUGAUAUUUGGGUUGGUGCCCCCUCUCCUUUAUGGCUUCACGUUCCGUAAGCCAGAGGACAAAUUUCUCAAGAUUCCAACAGUCACAAUAGUCUCUGUUCUAUGUAUUGGAUUGCUUGGUGUGGGUAAAGCUUACAUUGAGAAGCCAGAAAAUUGCCUUGUCUAUGUUCAUAUCAUUGGGGGAUGCAUUGCUGAUGCAAUUGGGACGUCGGCAGUGACAACUUUAGGAGGUGAGCUGAUUCAAAACUAUGUUGAUCGAGCUGGCUGGUUUGAUUUUGAGCCGAACAAAGUUCCAACCUUCUCCUACCAGGCAUGGAUUUUGGGUAUCAGACAUGGAGAUCCGUUUGAACUUUUUGUUCCUUAA